AUGGCGACUUCUCCUCCUAUCCCGCCUAUAGAACGCAAUUCUUACUAUUUCUCCCAAUUCCCUCUUUACUGUUCCGAUUGGACUACAUCUAACGAUAUUGAAUGUGUGGCCUUAAGUACUUAUAAAGAAGGUUCAAUAAAUAAAUUACAAGUGGUUCAUGGUAUAACUUACGAGAGUGACUAUAAACUCAAUCAGACGGGUCAAACGUAUUCAUAUGAUGAUGAUAUUGUUGAAGGUUACUACUUCAAUCAAGUAGCAGAAGCUUCAGUAGAUUAUCCUAUAACUCAUUUACAAUGGGAUCCAUUGCUUGGACGAUCACAUGAACAAAGAGUAGCGGCAUCUCUGGAAGUUCUACGACUCUAUAAAGUGGAUUAUGAUCCCAUGGAUCAAGACUACUCCCUUGUACAAACACAUUUACUCGCUAAUAAUACAGCCAGUAAUUCCACAACUUCAACUAAUGGUAAUGGAACUCAUAAAGAUGAUUUAAAUACUUAUCCUCCAGUAACAUCAUUUGAUUGGAAUCAUACCGAUCCAAAUAUCCUUAUAACUUCUUCAGUAGAUACGACUUGUACAGUAUGGGAUUUACAUCGAUCUAUAAAGAUUGAAGAUGGUAUAACUACAAGUGCUACAAAUACUGCUACAGUCAAGACUCAAUUGAUUGCUCAUGAUCUGGAAGUGUUUGAUGUGAAAUUCAUUCAUGACUCUACCAAUAUCUUUGCUUCCGUAGGUAAUGAUGGAUCUAUGAGAGUGUUUGAUUUACGAUCUUUGGAGCAUUCGACUAUCAUCUAUGAACCGGCCUUGACUCCGCCAUUAAGUGCCAAUGCAUCCACCACUAUGGCCGCUAUGAAUUCCAAAGCUCUCCUUAAAUUAUCCACUUCCAAUACUGAUCAACACCAUCUCGCUACUGUCGGUAUUAACUCUAAUCAAGUAAUCAUUAUUGAUAUGAGAAUGCCUGGAUUACCCGUGGCUACACUUGAUGGAUCACUAGGAGGAAUCAAUCAUGCGGCCAUUAAUCUGAUCAAAUGGCAUCCGACCAGUAAUUACUUAUUGACUGGUGGUGAUGAUUGCCAGGCGCUCAUUUGGGAUUGUACGAAUCUUCAUCAACGGUUUCCGUCUGCUGGUCCCACCACCACCACUGGUCCCACCACCACCAAUAGCUCCACUGCCAAUAGCACUGCCGAUUCAGGCGUCAUUAUUGAAACUCCCUCCUUUGCCUACGAAGAAGAUCUCGAAGUCAAUAACGUGUGUUGGCGAGGCGAUAAAGGCGAUUGGUUGGGAGUUGUUAGUGGAAAGGGAUUUCAAGGAGUACAGCUUUAG